CUCCUCCGUGUGUGUUCCUCCGCCGCAGCUGCGCGGCAAUUAGUGCGCUCCGGAGCGUGACGAACACAGACACCGACCGACGCUCAGUCAGGUGCCGCUUUACCGGCAGGAUCUGAUGAGCGAUAGAGCACAAAUGCGCUCGUUUGGAGAGAUGCUGUGGAUUAUACACUCGGUGGGACUUUAUGCCCAAAUCAGCGGGAAUUUGGCAGUGGACAAUCACGUAUCUGGAAACGCUCUUUUCACUGAGGUUCCUCAGGACGUGGUCUCUCAGGCUGGAGAUGAUGUGGAGAUGGCCUGCUCCUUCAGAGGCACUAGUUCCUCCUCCGUCUCUUUGGAGAUCCAGUGGUGGUACACCAGACACAGCAGAGAGGGGGCGGAGCAACCAGCAUGGUCAACCAAUCAGGUGGUUUCACAGGAAAACACACCAAAGGGAGCGACUAAAAUAAGUGUGGUAAAAGUGGUUGGCAGCAACAUCUCCCAUAAGCUUCGUCUGUCUAGUGUCAGACCAUCAGACGAGGGAACGUACGAGUGUCGAGUCACUGACUUCAGUGAAAGCCGAGCCCAACGGCACAGAGUUCAGGCGUAUCUGCAGGUACAGCCAGACGUCCUGAGUCCCGUCCACAACAGAGACCAGAAGAACGAAGAGGAGAAGAAGACAUCAGAACUGAACGCAGGUCCUGAAGAUCAUCAGAAGAGCCACCAUAAGAGAGAAGAAGAGCAGAGACCGCAGCAAGAGGAUCAUCAUCAGCUCCAUCAGGGGAACAAGACAAACACGGGAAUGAAACACUAAUCAGAGAGCACAGAUUUGAAGACAGAGUGACUGUACUGCUGAAAACUGCACAAGAGAAGAGAUGCGUCUUGAUAAAACUAUAAACAGUCCUAAUGUUACGAACCGUAUCCUGACAUAAGUUGUCCACAUAAUUAGUCUCAACAUUAGUUUUAUAGCAAACUGAAAUUGUUCUGAUUUGU